AUGCAGAUUCCAUUACUUCGGCUACAAUGCGGCGUCAACAGUUACGACUGGGGCAAGGUCGGCGAGACGUCCGCUGCAGCCCGUUAUGCGGCCACAACGGCAGCUCCAGGUUUUGAGAUCGAGGCUGAGAAGCCAUAUGCGGAGCUUUGGAUGGGUACUCAUCCUUCCCUACCUUCAAAAGACAUCGAAACCCAGCGCACACUCCUUGAUCUCGUUCAGGAUAACCAGGCUUUACUUUCAUCGGAAAUUAGUGAGCGUUAUGCUGCUCGACUUCCUUUCCUCUUUAAGGUGCUCUCAAUUGGCAAAGCGCUUAGCAUCCAGGCCCACCCCAACAAGAAGCUUGCGGAGCAGCUUCAUGCGCGGGACCCAAAGAACUAUCCCGAUGACAACCACAAGCCCGAGAUGACCAUUGCGAUUACACCGUUCGAGGGACUCUGCGGUUUCCGUCCUCUGGCCGAGAUCGUCCAUUUCCUGCAAGCGAUCAAGCCUCUCCGCGAAUUGAUCGGAGAGCAAGCCGCGAGCGAAUUCGAGAAGAUCGUGAACGGGAACGAUGAAUCGGAGGACGAGACUGUGGUGCAGCGCAACAAAGACGCCCUGCGCGCCCUGUUCACUACCCUGAUGGAAUCAUCCUCCGAGAAGAUCGAGGUUGCAUCCAAGGACUUGGUGGAAUUGGCACAGAGCUCAUCAGAGACCUUCGGUACAUUGUCUGAAGAGACUGAGACCAACCCAAGCAACCCUGCCGAGCUAGCCUCUAUCAUCCAGCGACUAAACGGACAGUUCCCCAAUGACAUUGGCCUGUUUGUGUUCUUCUUCCUGAACUUCAUCAAGCUUGAACCUGGUGAGGCGAUGUUCUUGAAGGCCGAUGAUAUCCACGCCUACGUCUCUGGCGACAUAAUUGAGUGCAUGGCUUCCUCCGAUAACGUUGUGCGCGCUGGAUUCACCCCCAAGUUCAAGGAUGUGGAUACCUUGACCAAGAUGUUGACCUACUCCUACGCUCCCAUUGAGGAGCAAAAGCUCCGCCCAGUUGACUACCCGUACACAGUCUUCAAUGCGACAGCUUACUCAAGCGGCUCUUCUUCUUUGCUGUAUGACCCUCCCAUUGAGGAAUUCAGCGUGGUCAAGACCGAUUUGAACCGCACUGGUGCCAAGGCAACCUUUGAUCCGGUCGUCGGACCUAGUAUCUUGAUCUGUACCCGUGGCAAGGGCACAAUCACCGUCGGCCACAAGACUGAGGAGAUCCAGGAGGGCUACGUCUUCUUCCUGGGAGCGGAUGCCGAGUGUAUUAUUGUGAACUCGGGAAGCGGAGAGGGCGAAGAUGAUGUUUUCACUACAUACAAGGCCUUCUGUGAGCUGGACGGUGAGGACACAGCCGACCAACAAUAG